UAGGCUACUAGCAAGUCAACUUUUUAAUCCUCACUGUAUUUCAGUCAGCGAACUGUACACUUCUGCCUUGAAGACUAGAUAUGGCCACGUUAAAAUCCUUGUGUAUUCUUGAUCUGCUUUUACUGCUUGGAACUGAUGGCUAUUUCCACCAUAUGCAGAGAGAGUGCCGUUUCAGCUCCAGAGGCCUGCAGGACCUCGAGUUCAUUGACAGAUACAUCUUCAAUAAAUUAGAAUACGGCAGAUACAACAGCACUCUGAAUAAAUUUAUUGGCUACACUGAACAUGGAGUGAAAAAUGCAGAGAGAUUUAACCGAGACGGGGAGGCUGACCGUCAGCAUACUAAUUUGGAUGGUUACUGCAGGCCUAAUGCUAAAUUGCGCUUUGACGCCAUACUGGAUUAUACAGUUGAACCCACCAUCGAAGUAAUAUCUGCCACCCAUGGCAGUCACAAACACACCUCCCAGCUAGUCUGCAGUGCCUAUGACUUCUACCCCAGAGGAAUCAAAAUGACCUGGCUGAGAGAUGGAAUGGAGGUAAAGUCUGAUGUGACCACCACAGAGGAGCUGGCUGAUGGAAACUGGUACUAUCAGAUCCACUCUCAUCUGGAGUACACACCCAAAUCAGGAGAGAAAAUCUCCUGCAAGGUGGAGCAUGCAAGUCUCCCGAAAGGCAAAGAGGUCAAGUGGGACCCCACCAUGUCUGAGGUAAAGAGAAACAAGGUGAUCAUUGGGGCCUCUGGCCUGGUGUUGGGGCUGAUAAUCACUAUUGCUGGAGUGGUCUAUUACAAGAAGAAAUCCACCGGGAGAAUUCUGGUCCCAUCAAAUUAAGAUGCUGAAUAAUCAUAAAGAAGUGGAUCAUGAGGAUGGACUUAAAACCAUAGGCUACAUUUGAGAUCUCAAUAAUAUGUUGAUACAUUCACUGUUGCGUUGCUUUGAUUGGACAUAGAUUAAGAUGUUUUUUGGAGUGUGGGAACAACUUUUCUUCCCUAUUUUAAUAUAUCAAAUCAUUUAAAGGGUAGCAGGGCAUUGCUUCACAAAUUCUUAUCAUCUGCAUUACACAAUAUAACAUAAUAUUGCAUGCCAUUCUGUUAAUACUGUACUAAUGUUUAAUAAGUUGUUGAAUCUUUUAUGUUGUAUUUUACAGGUCUAUUUUCAUAUAUCAACUGUUUACUGUAAACUUAAUUGGUUUUUUCUUUUAGUAGUAUUUUUCUUAAAACUUCAAUGGUAUUGACUACUCUGUUCAUGUAGCAAAUUUUUUCACAGUUUCAAAGAAACGACUGUUGUUUACCUAUAAAUUUUAAAUGACAAAUGUAAAAUUCCUCAUAUAACUUUUUGAUUUGAUAGUUGAAGUCCUAUAAUUAGUUGUAUGAGUUAUGUACGCUUAAGAAAUCCAUUACAGUUCAUAAUGGCAAUGCUGUAAUAAAUAAUAAAAUAAAAUUGAAUAAAUAUAAAAAUAAAAAAAGCCUGGUCUAACUGCACAUUAUGUGGUACACAA